UGUCAAAUCAUUAAAUUAUGGUCAACAACAUAAAAUAUAAUAUUAAAUAUUGAUCAAAUUAAGUCAAGUACGUAGUGAAUUAAGUAGAAAAUUCUAAUAUAAUAAUGUAAAAUGUCCUUAGAACAAACAGCUUGUGAUGCAAUUCUUACAGACUUAAAGGCCUUUGAACGACGCUUAACUGAAGUCAUAGCAUGUCUUCAACCAGCUACUAUGAGAUGGAGAAUUCUCCUGGCGGUGGUGUCUGUGUGCACAGCUAUAGCUGCAUGGCACUGGCUGACUGACCCCCUCACUCCGGUGGUGUCCUUGACACAAUCACUUUGGAAUCAUCCUUUCUUUGCUUUGACUUCUACAUUUUUAGUAUUAUUGUUUAUGAUGGGAGUACACAGAAGAGUAAUAGCGCCAAGUAUAAUCACAGCACGAACACGCUCUGUGCUAAACGACUUCAACAUGUCAUGUGAUGAAACUGGAAAACUUAUUCUCAAACCGAGGCCAGCAAAUAAUUAAUUUAAAUCCAUGUCAUUUUAAUAGGUUUAAUUUAUAAAUAAAACAAAUUACG